AUGUCGUCCAACCCUGCACCCACCGCCCUUACCCAGCUCCCAUUGGGAGAGAACGCUUGUCCUCGCUACAGCAAUGUCGAGUUGGGGGACUACUUUGAGCGUCUUAAGCUUCCACAGAAGUAUCUCGACUCACCUGUGCUGAAAGAUGCCACACAGGCUAGAACCAAAGAACAUGGGCUGCCCUUGCUGCAGGCCUUGACACGCUAUCACACCUGCAAUGUGCCUUUGGAGAACCUCGCACUGCAUUAUUCCACACAUAAGACCGUCACACUUGACGUGGCGGAGCUUUACACGAAGAUCGUUCGUCGGCGGCUUGGCGGGCGAUGUAUGGAGAACAACACCUUUUUCGGCACCGUCCUUCGCUCCCUCGGCUAUGAGGUGCGCAACUGCGGAGGCCGCGUGGCUCGGGCAAUGCUUCCCUACCCAGAAGUCCGGCGCAAUCAGGGCAACACUUAUGAGGGGUGGACCCACAUGCUCAAUCUUGUUCGACUGGAUGACGAGUGGUACGUUGUAGAUGUUGGGAUAGGUUCCAAGGGUCCUAACCUCCCUUAUCCGCUGCGCGACGGCUUCCAGACAACCAGCAUCGCCCCACGUUUGAUUCGCGUGCAGUUACGGCCUAUACCAGAGACGUACGCGAGGCGAUCUACCAACAGCACUGGACCGCCGAGGAUGUGGUGCUUCGAUGUCUGCUACAACCCAGCGGAUGACGCCAAGAAAGAGUGGUUGCCAGUCUAUUGCUUCACGGAGACAGAGUUCUUGCCCCAAGACUACGAAGUCAUGUCCUGGUUCACGUCAACAAACCCGCGAUCCUGGUUUACCAGAUACGUCACCUCCACGAAAAUGCUCAUGGACGAGGAUAAGGAGGUGAUAGUGGGCAAUAUCACCUUGUUCCAAGGCACGGUGAGGGAAACAAUUGGCGCCAAUAGCAAGGUCAUCAAGGAGUGUAGGACAGAAGAUGAGCGUUUACAGGCGUUGGCUGAAAUCUUUGACCUGCACCUGACAGAUGAAGAGAAGAAGGCGAUUCCAAAUGAUCGGAAAUUAGCAUGA